AUGAUUAGGGAUACGCAACCUGCGUCCGCUGCCGAACGCCGCGGACAACGCUCACCACGCGUGCAUAAGCGUACCAUCAUCGAGCUACAUCUAGAAGUGCUGCACGAAUGUGAAGCGCCAGAUUGGGAAAACGUCAAAGAGGACUAUUUGCAGAUACUCGUGCAGGAGUUUGCACAGGAGUUUGCGCAGGAUAUGAUACGGGACGGAAAGGGGUAUAGUAGUUCCUUGCAUGCUCCUAUCACAAACGAGGGUGUAUCAGGAAACACUGUUUCAUCCACCUUCCAUCCACCCACUGACUCCGAACAAACGCACACUUCUCCACCGAAUGACCCCGAUCCAUGGAGUUGUAUGGAAACCAUGCAGUUAGCAACGGACUCAUGUCGCCCUAACGAAGAGGACCGAUGGAAUUGUAUGGAAACCAUACAGUUAGUAACGCACCCUUGUCCACCUAACGACUGCGAUCCAUGGCGUUGUAUGGAAACUAUACAGUUAGAAGAGGAACAGAGUCCUGCCCUUACAGGUUCCGAGGACGCGACGUCGGCGUGCACACAAUGGAUUAACUGGAUUGACCGCCACAAACAUAUUGUGCGGGCGUGCACGACGCAGCCGUGGUUUUUGCAAUUGAAAGCGCAUUGGAAACAAUACCUGCGUGAGCACAUUGUGGUAAACGAGGACAACGGGCAGCGUGCCUUCGGUGAACACAGAAGUAUUGGAUGUGUGGAAAUGAAGAAACAUGCCUGGAAGAAGUGGGUCGAACAGCAACAUCGGCAAAUGAGUAUGUAUAAGGAGGAGUGGUUUCCACAUUUGUUGCAUAAUGUUGAGGCGGACACAGUACCGCAAACAGGCGCAGUACCUGGAGUGGAAACAGACUUAGAAGUGGAAAACGUGAAUGCAGCACAACAGAUGCUAAGAGUGAGACAUGUACCACGGACGCAACUGCAUCCGCAACUGUACCUCAACAAGCCGCUAUGCGCUAAAACAUGGAUACUGAUCCUGGCAUUAGUCAUAGAACAGUGCGAGCUCGAAUGUCGUUUGCAGGAGAAGGAGUUAUAUGUGGAUGCUUUAUUGCACAAUAUGCGACAUUAG